AUGCACCUCACCAACCUCCUCCUCGCUCUCCCUCCCUCCCUUCUCCUUCUCUCCUCCCACGCCACCUCCGCACACGCACACAGCAAUGGCGCCGCCUUACCCCCCCCGGCGCAUAUGCCAGAACCACAGGUCAUACAGAGAAGGCAGGAGAUAGCAGCGCGGAUAGAGGGGGGGGCGAAGCCGGUUAGGGUUAGGAAGAUGAGUGAGGAUGGGGGGGAGAUGUUUUUUGGUGAGUAUUGGGGUUUUGACGCGCGGGACGAAGAAGGAGGGGAUGUUUUACGACGGGACUACGAAUCCGAAGACGAUAUCUCGCGGGGGAAUUCCUCAGCAACCUUCUCCUUCCGCCCCGCCUUCGCCAUCCACGAGGCCGAAUCCUCCUCCCCCCGCGGCCUCUCAGAAGCGCAAGCCCUCCACCACCGCUCCUCCCGCGCCCUCUCCGCCCUCCUCAAGCGCGCCUUUCAAUGCCCCACCGGCACCACCGCCUGCACCUCCAUCUCACAACCGAACUACUGCUGCGCCUCUACCGAGUCCUGCAUCACCAUCACCGACACCGGACUCGGCCCCGUCGGCUGCUGUGCUUCCGGUCAGACCUGCGAGGGGGAAAUAACGCACUGCGCGGCGGGGCAGACGGCGUGUCCGCAGAGUUUGGGGGGGGCGUGCUGUGUGGCGGGGUUUGUGUGCUUUGAUGUUGGGUGUGUGAGUAGUGUGGUUGUGACGGAGAUUACGACUGUGACGCAGACGCCAGUGGUGGUGCCGACGACGACGAGUACGCCGGUUACGACGACGACGACGACGACGCCGAGUACGAGCGCGGUGACGACGACGGAGGGGCCGGCGCCGCCGGUGAGGGGGACAGGGGAGAGCUCCACUGUUGCGCCGCCUACCACAUCCCUUACUUCGGAUUCAGAAGCUUGUCCAACGGGGUUUUACGCCUGCUCGGCGUAUUUCCCAGGCGCGGGAUGCUGUCGCGUAGGUCGUGAUUGUGCGCAGACGUUCUGUCCGACUACGGGGUCGGUGACGGUUAUUAGUGGGGGGGUUACGGUGGCGGUGCCGGAGGGAAGCGCGGCGACGACGGCGACGGGGGCGGGGAAGUGUGCCAGUGGAUGGGAUGGGUGUGUGGGCGGGGGGUGCUGUCCGGGGGGGUGGGAGUGUGGGGUUAGUUGUGUGAGUGUUGGGGCGGCGGCGACGAGUGUGUUGGCGAAGGGGGCGGAGAAUGCGGGGGGGAGGGGUGGAGGAGGAGGGGUGGGGGGUUGGGGGGUGGUGGUUGCGGUUUUGGGUAUUUUGGUUGGGUGA